CCAGCACACCGCUGUACCCAAAAUCCCCCCAAUUCGACAGGUCUGCGAGAAGGUGAAUCGAAUCCAGAAUCCGAUUGCUGGGCGGAACAAUGGCAUCGCAGCAGGAGCCAAGACCAGCCCGUCGUACUUCGCAGCCCUCAACCAUGGAUUCCGUUCGAUCUUCGUUUCCCAGGAACCCUAAUCGAUUUAGCAACCCAGUGUCCGUCUUCUAUCGAAGGCGUUCUCAGCGUUCGACUCAGCAGCAGUUACCAAAACAGCCAUCCGUCAAUGCCGUGGAGGGCGUCAUGGAUUGUACGGAACAUCGACCCUCCAUGAUUGCCGAUGAGAAGGAGACGGAGAAGGAGCCUGCUCCCUUCAGCGACGCCCCGUCUUCAGUGCGCGCCGUGCUCGACCGUCCCUGGCCAUCCCCGAUCGUGAUCGCGGCGGAGGACCAUCCGUCCGGCAAGGUACGCACCUUGUUGGCCACCGCUCACGACAUCGGGGACCCGAUCUCGCCGGAGGAGCUAGCUGCGCUGGAGGACAAGGACGACGACGACGAAAGCACACGCUUCUACAAGGCCAUUGGCCGGGCCGACGCCGUUAUGCGGAAUUACAUCCAUGAACACGGCAGCCUGUUCCUGGAUGAGAAGUUCAAUUACAUAGUCGACAACUCCGCCCAAGCUGAGGAAAUACGUUGCAAGAAUGUUACAGUAGAGGAAAUGGAAGACAAGCUAAUGGAGCGAAAGGUGACUAAGGAGCAAGCUUAUUUAUCGGAACUGGCCUUAGCAAGUUUCAACAAGAAGAGAGAGGUAAAGUUUGAGUUAUGUGAGCCAUUGAUUUCUAGAACUUUCUGGGAGUACAGAGGUUUGUUCGUGCACAUAAAUUUUGUUGCGAAUUGCAAUGGCAAGAAGACGCUCUUUUUCGCCGAGAUAGAGGAACGUGGACAGGGUCGCAAGGAGAUGUUGGAAGUGCGCUGUUGCAUUCCUCUGGAAUCAUUAUGUCAAGGUGGUUAUUAUUAUGACCGUACUGUUCCUAGCCAUGACCGGGAAUGCCUUGACUUCAGGAGGUGCUACGCCUGCACUGAGUUAUUGAAACAUCCGGCUGACGGGUCAACUUACUCAGGAGGCCAUGACUGUCGGAGGAAGAUAUAUCUAGUUUAGAAAGCCUUUCAUUUAUCAGCGCUAGAGUUUCAUCUGCAAGGAGGAAGAGAAUCUAGUUUAGAAAGCCUUUCAUUUAUCAGGGGUAGAGCUUCAUCAGCAAGCUCAAUUGUAUUUUUUGCGAAAACGAAAAAAUCAUUGCGUUUCGAU